GGAAACAACGCAAGAAUAAGUGAGAGGCAAGGGGAAUUAGAUAAAGCGGUUGACCCUCGCCCCUUCAAUGACCCGAGAGAUAUCGUUCUACUAAAUUCACUGACGCACCUCCCAGUCGAAUGCGUGGUCUCUUCUGUAGAUCAUACUGAUUUCUUAUUGCGAUCGAUAAAACUGGAAAUGAAGGUUUCAAAAUUAUUUCUUGUUCUUUUUUAUUUUAUCAAGAUCGGUCAAUGUGAUAUCAAAAUUUCUACCGUAAAAAAUGAUACCGCAGCACAAAUAGCAGUUGGCGAGAAACGACUUGAAGAUCAUGUUCGCGCGAUUUUAAAGCAUUAUCAGCAAAGUGAUCCAGUAGGAUUACCUGGAGCGCCAAUACCGGAUCCUAUGUCAGCACCGGAUAUGAAGUAUUCAUUUUCUAUGUAUACCAUGAAUUUUAAGCAAAUGAACAUUUAUGGUUUAUCCAAAUUCCGGAUAGUAAAUGCAGAAUCAGAAUUAGCAUUGAUGCAAGUUUCAGUGACAUUAAAUAUAGAAAGUCUGGAUAUUCGUGGAUUUUAUACUUUGUCUUCUUGGUUGUCUCGAUCAGCUGGUAAUUUUACGAUGAAAUUGAUGGGAGUGAAUGUAAAAGGGAUUGGGAGGCUCGAAGUUGCUAGUGAUGGUAAAUUACAAGCACAAAAUAUCGAUAUGGAUUUGACAUUCGAAAAUGUAGCCAUGGAUUUCAAAAAUUUGGGUUUUUUGGGUUCUGUAUUACAAAGUACGAUUAAUUCUGUAGGCUCCUUUAUUUUCGAUAGUAUUAAACCUUUCAUAUUGAAGGAACUAAAUACUAAAGCACGGGGUAUAGCUAAUAAACAAAUUUCACAAUUACCGCAAUAUUUUCCGAAUUCUAUAUCGCCUUUUGAUAUGGCAAUAGCCGAACUCCGUAAAUAUAUAUCUCAAAUGGACUACGAUCCAUUCAAAGUGAAUGACUACAGUCAAACUGUUGGUAUAUUUACGGUAACAUCGACUAAUACUUGGAUCACCGGUCUGGCAAACAUUUAUCGAAUAGGAAAUGUUACUUUGGGUAUAGAAAAUGGAACGGUAUAUGCGACAGUUGAUGCUGGUACUCAAGAAAUUGAAGGAAAAACACAUUGGGAAAUAAGUAUAAUCGGUGGCUUUUUGUCUAGGGCUGGUACAGUUUCCUUUACUGUACAAUAUUUCAGAGCUCAAGUAAAUUUAAGCCAACCUUUAGAUACUCGUAAAAGGCCAAGUAUGGAAGAACUCGAACUUGAAUUGGGUAAUAUCCAAACAAGAAUUCAUGGAGCUGGUACUAUUGAUUAUUUAGUUGAAGCAAGCAUUAAUAUAUUACCAAACCUUUUAAGAUAUCAAAUAAUGGAUGCUAUCGAGGGACCGCUUAAAAGACGCUUACAAAUUUUUCUAAAUAAAAUAGAUGUUGAAAAACAAAUUUAUGAAUAUAUUCCUAGUAUAGAAGAAAAGGCUAGACAAGGUAUGAUUCCUUUAGAAGAGACAAAUUUAGAAUUAAUAUUGCCUCAAGAUCAAGAUGAACAACCAUUUUCAGAGAGCGAAGAAAAUCGAGGUCCAUCAUAAAAAUCAAACAUAUUUUGUAUAAUAUAUAAACAAUUAUUUAAAUAUGUUA